UGGCUAGAUUAACGAGGAGGACAAGACUUUCACACUUACAAAAGAGAGAGAGAGAGCACAUAGGUUUGCGUCAAUAAGAAGAUAGUGUGUAAACCUAAAGCAAAAUGGUUUUAGCGUUUAGUAUAAAAUAGAGAGAAAGAACUGAAGAAGAGAGGGAAACCUUAACGCGCACGCUUUUAUUACCAAAGUCUUCACAAUUACGCGACUGACGACAAAGCGUUUAGGGAUCUCAAUAAGCCUUCUUUUAAAAGGGUUCCUUACUCAAACUUGGAAACAUAAUAAUCUAUCAGAUUCCGAUGAGUGAGAAGCUCGUCUCCAGAAGAGGAGACUGUUACUACCAGGGAAACUACGUCCAUGGAGCAUAUGGAGAGUACUUGGAGAAGAGACAGCUGUUUCUCAGAAGCUACCAGUUCUCCAGGAAACAGAGCUUCAGGGAGAAGGCUACGAUGUCUUUGAGGAGAGUGAAGAGGUUUGUGUGGACGAGGUUGAGAACAGCUAAGAGGUUGAAACGCGUUGUCUUGUCUCGACUCAGAACGGCGUUUUUCUACCGCCGGAAACGCUUUUACCGACUCCUUCACUUGCACGACGAACCUUCUUACUGCUUCUAAAGGUUUUAGAUUUUAGGAACUCUUCGGCUGUUGUUUUUUUUUUGUUCUGUCUUUGAUUAUGUUAUAUUAUGCUUCAGAUGAAUCACUGUAUAAUCUCAUCAUUGAUCAGAAUCAUUGAACUUGAGUUUUU